UCUCUUUCUUUCUUUUUUUUUUUUUUUUUUCUUCUCUCACGAGAAAGAGGAGAACAAACUUGUCGUCAUCAUCGUCACUGUUAUGACCAUAAUCAAUGCCGUUCUAGGCUUUUCCUUCUUUUCACUUCUGUGUUUCUCUCUCUAAAAUCUCGCUUUCUCUCUCUAUAUAUAUAUGCAUUUUAUAUGAUAUACACACAUAUGUUGAAAGUCUGGAUUUGAUUGCUUUCGUUACAAUAUUGUUCUCCUAAGUAAUCAAUCAAUGGAUAAAAAAUCGAUUCCUAAAAUUCGGAUCCGUAGAUCGUCUGCGAGCUGCAUUCGCGUGUCGUUUGACGUUCAGUAGCGGCAAAUUUUGUAGCGAAGUAGAAGACGAAGCUCUGAAGAAUGGAGAAGAAGAAGUGUCCAAUAGGAGCUGAGUAUUAUACUCUGUAUGAGGAGGUAGGGCAGGGUGUUAGCGCUUCGGUUCAUCGUGCCCUAUGUAUUCCGCUCAACGAGAUUGUUGCCGUCAAGAUUUUCGAUUUUGAACGGGACAACUGUGAUCUGAACAACAUAUCUCGUGAAGCACAAACAAUGAUCCUGGUUGACCACCCUAACGUUCUUAAAUCGCACUGCUCAUUUGUUAGCGAUCAUAAUCUGUGGGUUGUUAUGCCAUUCAUGGCUGGAGGUUCUUGUCUUCACAUAUUAAAGGCUGCAUAUCCAGAUGGUUUUGAGGAGGUUGUUAUUGCAACAAUACUGCGAGAGAUAUUGAAAGGAUUGGAGUAUCUUCAUCAUCAUGGACACAUUCAUCGGGAUGUUAAGGCUGGAAAUAUUCUUAUUGAUUCUCGUGGUGCAAUCAAGCUGGGAGAUUUUGGUGUUUCUGCCUGCUUGUUUGAUUCAGGUGACAGGCAACGCAUGAGGAAUACGUUUGUGGGGACACCUUGUUGGAUGGCGCCUGAGGUCAUGGAGCAAUUGCAUGGUUAUGAUUUCAAGGCUGAUAUAUGGUCUUUUGGCAUAACUGCUUUGGAGCUUGCCCACGGCCAUGCUCCUUUCUCAAAGUAUCCUCCAAUGAAGGUAUUGCUUAUGACCUUGCAAAAUGCACCUCCUGGCCUUGAUUAUGAGAGAGACAAGAAGUUUUCUAAGUCCUUCAAGCAGAUGAUCGCUAGUUGCUUGGUGAAAGAUCCUUCAAAACGGCCUUCUUCUAAAAAGUUGUUGAAGCAUUCCUUUUUCAAGCAAGCUAGGUCGAAUGAUUAUAUAUUACGGACACUUUUGGAGGGGUUGCCUGCUCUUGGUGAUCGUCUUAAGGAGUUGAAGAGAAAGGAAGAAGACAUGCUUGCGCAGAAGAAAAUACCAGACGGGCAAAAGGAGGAGAUAUCGCAGAAUGAAUAUAAACGUGGGAUCAGUGGUUGGAACUUCAAUCUCGAUGACAUGAAGGCUCAGGCUUCCUUGAUCCAGGAUGGUGAGGACACCAUGUCAGACAAAGAUCAAGGCAGUAACUCAAAUGCUAUGUAUGGACUUGAUAUGCGUGAAAAGAAACUUCUGAAUCAGUUGUCUUCUGCGAGCCAAACUUCACAAGUUUCAGAUUUAGAAGAUAUUGAUCUGAUCCGGAACCAACCAACCCCUAGUCCAUCAGCCGAAUCAAUUUUGGCUAGUACCAUAUGUGACAAAUCUGAUGAUGACAUGAGCAUUGCUAGUACAACCCAAGAACACCAAAUUUCACAGAAUUGUUCUCCUCGUUUCGAGGGUCAACUUGAAAAUAAUUUGGCUGGAAAACGUGGCUUAGAUGGCACGGCUGUGCAAUCUUAUCAGAGGGGGGUAGGUUCAUCAGGCAGCGUUGCUUCGCCAGAUGCUGUCCUUUCCCCUAGUACAGAAGUGAGCUGUAAGUUGCAAAACCAGCCCCAGAACAAUUCAAAUUGCAACGGAGUUCCAAUUCCACAGGCAGUACAUGAUGCCACUGCUGAAGUUCUUUCUAAAGCUUCUAAAACAUCCGCAAAUAGUGAUGAACUUGAUGAGAAAGCAAAGUGUCCAGUUGUUCAGCAAAAAGGACGUUUCAAAGUUACGUCAGAGAAUGUUGAUUUAGAAAAGGUAGUUCAGCCUCCAACACUGCAAAAAAGUCAUAGUAUGCAGGUGAUUUCCCAACAUCCCGCUCUUUCUCUACCACCACCAUCUGAUGCUACACCACAUCCUCUUGGCCAUUCCCUUUUUCCAUUGUUGCAGUCUGUUUUGCAGACAAAUAUUCUUCAAAGGGAAAAUAUUCUAAACGUAAUGAAGCAACUCUCUACUGGUGAUCAUACAGCCUGCCGUGUAGCUGAUGGAGGAUGCACGCCAGUGAGCACGGCUGUCAUGGAGAAAUCUUUGCUAGAGGCAGCUCAUGAUAGGGAAAAGGAAUUACUUCAGGAAAUAACCGAUUUGCAGUGGAGGCUAAUAUGUACCCAAGAAGAGCUUCAGAAAUAUAAAACAGAACAUGCUCAGUUGUGAUUUUGUAUUCUCCAACUGGCAGUAGGAAAGAUGCGGAACGAAGUUGUCAACCCUCUCCAACGACGAAAAAGAGAGUGAAAAUGUAUUGACCAAGAGACAUGAUUUUAAGCAUUUAGGGGUUUGAUUUUAUUUGGUUAGUCUGUUUUAACUUUUGGUAGUUGAUGAAGAACUCUAGUGCAUAGCUCCAAUUUGUGCAGAAUUUCUUGUACAUGUUCCUAAUAGUAUCUAUCUUUUAACUCGUCGUGUAACAUAUUCCUAUACUUUUAAACACAGCUACAUAUCUAGCAUAAUGCUUACAUGUAUAGUGGAGUGCUGUUUUUUGGAAUUGUACCAAUGUUCUUCCAUCCUAAUAAUUUUUCGAUUUUUGUUGUUUAUAAA